UCGAACGAACGAUCGAGGAGGCGGAGAAACCCUAGCGCGACCGAGCGAGGGAGAGGGAGAGGGAUGGAGAGCCGCGUGUUCGGGCUGGAGACGCCGCUGAUGACGGCGCUGCACCACCUGAUGGACCUACCGGACGGCGAGCUCGGCGGCGGCGGCGGCGGGAAGCAGGGCGGCGUGGGGCCGACGCGGGCGUACGUGCGCGACGCGCGGGCGAUGGCGGCGACGCCCGCCGACGUGAAGGACGUCCCCGGGGCGUACGUGUUCGUGGUCGACAUGCCGGGGCUCAGGUCGUCGGACAUCAAGGUGCAGGUGGAGGAGGACAGGGUGCUGCUGAUCAGCGGCGAGCGGCAGCGGGAGGAGAAGGAGGACGUCAACUACCUGCGGAUGGAGCGCCGGAUGGGCAAGUUCAUGCGCAAGUUCGUGCUCCCCGACAACGCCGACGCGGACAAGAUCUCCGCCGUGUCCCACGACGGCGUACUCACCGUCACCGUCGAGAAGCUCCCCCCGCCCGAGCCCAAGAAGCCCAGGACCAUCGAGGUCAAGGUCGCGUGAGCAUCUCGAUCCGCAUCUCGAGUGUGUUGUGAUGGGUACCGAUCGAAUGGUAGACUGGUAGUACGAGUAGAGGAGUCAUCGUCUUCAAUUACCGUUUUCCAUCUGAGAUCGUUUGCUAUCUGAGACAUGGCGGUGUGUUUGUGUGUUUGUAUGCAUAUGCAGUGUGAUGGCCUCAUGUUUGGGAAUGGAAAUGCAAUGCAGAUGUUUCUGCUGCUUACCUGAAUAAAUAUGCGCCACGUUAUCAAAUCUCUUAUCUCGUGCUGAUGUUCUAA